GUGAACAGUUAAUGUCUCCGUUGGCUGUCCUUUUCCUUCUCCUCCCACACAGCCAAACCAAUACAAGCAUUUCUGUACAGUGAGGAGACUCUCAAACUACCCGUCCUAUCUAGGGCACCUACAGGGACACUACCGGGAUAAAACAAAAGAGAGAGAGAGAGAUGGCACAAACCGACAGACAAAGUUUAACUUUCCCUGAGAUAGUGGAGCUAAACGUGGGUGGCCAGGUGUAUGUGACCCGACUUGAAACUCUCACGGCGGUGCCCAACUCUCUACUGUGGACCAAGUUCACCCAGAGCUCCCCGGGCGACCUGCCAAAAGACAGCAAGGGCCGCUUCUUCUUCGACCGCGACGGCUUUCUCUUCCGCUAUAUUUUGGAUUACCUGCGGGACUCAGAGCUCUUCCUGCCCGAGUUUUUCAAAGAGCGGAGGAGGCUGCAGAAAGAAUCGGACUUCUUCCAGCUGCCGGAGCUGUCGAGGCGCCUGGCCGCGGUCAGCAAACAGAGCUCGUACACGGAGGAGAGCGGGGAGCCGGAGGAGGCUGAGGUCAGCAGCCCGGUCACCUCCUCCUCGGACCGGAGCCGCUCUCCUGGGGCCAAAGCCGGCUACAUCACCAUCGGGUACAGGGGCAGCUACACUAUCGGGAGGGACAUCCAGGCGGACGCUAAAUUCCGCAGGGUCGCCAGAAUAACCGUCUGCAGCAAGAUCUCCCUGGCUAAAGAGGUUUUUGGAGAAACCCUGAAUGAGAGCCGCGACCCGGACCGCCCGCCUGACAAAUACACCGCCAGGUAUUACCUCAAGUAUAACUUCCUGGAGCAGGCGUUUGACCGGCUGGCCGAGGCUGGUUUCAGCAUGGUGGCAUGCAACUCCACUGGGACCUGCUCGUACGCCAGUAACGACCCGGGGGAGGACAAACUGUGGACCAGUUACACAGAGUAUGUUUUCUCCCGAUAAAUGAACUGAAAACUGCUACGUGGGUGCAGGCGCGCAUUCAUGCUCACGACUUAUUUUAACAACCUUAACACUUGGAGCAAUCGUCAGUUACAAUAUUACUUUAGUUAAUUAACUUUCCCAGACAGUUUCAGCCGUGUCUAGUUUCAGUUUCUUGUUGUUUUUGUCCCUCUCUGAUCUGUGCAGUGGGAUCAGCCAGAGUUUAACUUUUCUGCCAUUUUCUGAAAGAGGAGGACUCCAAACUCAAACAUAGGCUACAUCUCAUUGGUUUGUGACCAGUAAAGAUAAAUGUCACUCCUAUGUGUUUUUUUUUUUGUGUGGCCUAACGUUAGUUGGCCUCAUAACCUUCAUGGUUUUAACAGACUGUUCUUAAGUAAAUUUCAUAAACGGUACCUCAGGUUGGCAGAAAUGUUAGAAGCUGGCGUAUUUAGUAAAUAGGAAUAUAUA